CACCCCGCUCGCUCGCUCUGCCCUUUCUGCACUGUCAUCUGCCCCGGUGAGGCUCAACUCCGGAGUGGGGCCAUCCGAAACGCUCCGGACCACAAGCCCGACUCCACCCAACAGGGAGGGAAAGGAAACAGAUUGGGCAGAAUCCCGGGCCUCACCACCAGCAGCGGAGCUAGAAGCCCAGAUGGGCAACGUACAGGAGCGGCCAUCGGAGACCAUUGACCGGGAGCGGAAACGGCUGGUAGAGACAUUGCAGGCUGACUCUGGGCUGCUGCUGGACGCGCUGGUGGCCCGGGGCGUCCUCACUGGGCCCGAGUAUGAAGCCUUGGAUGCGCUGCCUGAUGCGGAGCGCAGGGUGCGCCGCCUACUGCUGUUGGUGCAGAGCAAGGGCGAGGCAGCCUGCCAGGAGCUACUGCGCUGUGCCCAGCAAACAGUGCGCAUGCCAGAUCCGGCCUGGGAUUGGCAGCACGUGGGGCCUGGCUACCGGGACCGCAGCUCAGGCCCUUCAUGCCCAGGACACUGGACGCCAGAAGCACCCAGUUCAGGGACCACAUGUCCAGGACUGCCCAGAGCUUCAGAGCAAGAGGAGGUCGGAGGUCCUGAGGGCUCUGAGGCAGUACAGCCUGGAACUCCAGAGGAGCCCGAACUAGAAGCAGAAGCUACUGAAGGGGAUGAGCCAGAACAAGAGCCGGAGGUAGAACCGGAACCGGAGCCCGAACCGGAACCGGAGCCGGAACUGGAGCCGGAGCCGGAGCCCGAACCAGAGCCAGAGCCUGAGCCGGAGCCUGAGCCGGAGCCGGAGCCGGAACCGGAGCCUGAAUUCCAAGAGGAGGAUGAGCCUGAAGAUUCCUGAAGGCCAGAAUCCUUACCUGUCUAAAUCCGAUUCAAGAUGGAUAAGACCUGGACACCUGCCAGAGCUUGACCCCAUCCUUGCACCAAGACUCCACUUACUACCAAAUGAAUAAACUCGGGAGGGUUAGCCUGGA